UCGUGCCUCACCGCUACGAUAAUAUAAUUCCUAAUCAAUCGCCCCAUUCAGUUGCUUUCUUUCUUUCCUUUCCUUCGUCUUCAUCCUCCUGUGGCUGACCAAGUCUUCAACGACGAUGAGCUCACAAGGUGUGGUCUUCGCAGCCGCCGCCGCAGCUGCCGCGGUCUCCGGCACCGUCCUCCUCCUCACUCUGCGUCUUCAGAAAUCUCUCCAAUUACCACGUCACCACCACCUAUCAUCCCCUCCAAUUCUACGAUCUUGCAUAUCGUCAGCCUCAGAUGAGAAGAAGAAGAUGAUGAAAAAGAAGAGGGUUCACUUCGCAGAGGACGUGGUGGUGUCAAGAAUAAGAAGAAAUGGAGAUGGAGAAGAAGUGAGAAGAAAUUACAGACACUCAAACUCAGAAACGAAGGUUCGAAGGAGUUGCAGUAAUGGCGGAAUUGAUGAGAGCAGAGGAAUGCCUGCGAACAGAGUGGCUCUGUAUAAUGGGAUUUUGAAGGAUCGUGUGGCUCAACGAUUGGCCUACUCCUACUGAUUUGGGGCCCUCUGUGAAUAUUCUGUGAUUAUGCCACUGGUUUUCUUUCGAUUUUCUUUUUUUCCCUUUUUUGUUUAAAGCGAGAAAAAAAUUGUUUUAGUCAGAGUUGCAUAUUGGGAAAGUUUCAAAUUAUAGCCUUUUUGUUGAGGUGACUCAAUUUAUAGGGUCGAACCUCUUCUUGUUGCAGAAUUUUGCCGAUAUUUUUUAGGAUAGUUUUUCUGAUUCUGAUUCAAAUUAUUCUGAAUUUUUUCU